AAAGUGCGGAGUGUUUAGCACACGAAACAACGCGUCGCGACGGGGAGGUAAGAUGGACGUCACUGCAUUUGGGGCAGCUAUCGUUGACACCAAGUCCCAAGAGAACGGACGUGGAGUCGUGUCGAAGUCUACCUUUUCCUUCCUCGAGCUGCCUCGCGAGCUGCGAGACCAGAUUUACGACUAUGUCUUCCACAUGCAAGACAACCGCGGCGAACGCGCUCUUCGCAUCGAGCGCCGCAAUCUCAAAUACUUUACACCCAGCGCCGCCGCCAUCCUCCUCGUCCUGCACCACGAAUACUUCCUACUCAGCCGGCAGGUUGCGCGGGAAGCCCUCGAAGUGCUCUUCAAAAACCACACAGUAUUUCUCAGCUGCGGACCCUUUGUGCUCAAAUCGCUCUUGGAAAGGAUCGAAGAGCAGAAUGGACCAGGCAGGCAGUGGCUGAGGUGGAUAAAAAAGGUAGAGCUAGACUGGGUAACAUUCCCGAACCUGAGAUGCUAUCCCCCAGACAGAGAAGAAGGGCGAGACGAAUGGUGGUGGGAGCAUGACGGGGAGGGAGUCGACGUCGACUACGUGCGCGGCGCUCAAUACAACGGCCACUACGACGAACACGACUACGAAGGCGGGCACUACGACGACAACUUCUACGAUCCAAUCGACGCCUCUCUUUACCCUUCAUUCCGCCAGCCCAUCGCCCCACAAACUACCGACGCAAACGACAUCUUCGGCUUCGCAAACCACUACCCCUUCUCCGACCCCUCGCGCGAACCCACCCACGAUUCCUCAACACAGGAAGACAUCUCCACGAAACUCGACCUCCUCGUGUCCAUGGAAGUCACACCCCUCUUCACAUACCUUUCCUCGUCCGCGUUCAGCCUCACCAGCAUCACCGUGCCCUUAUACUUCAUCUCGAGGGAAUCGCACCGCAACCGCAGCAUCACACGGCCGGGGUACGCUCUCCCGCUCAAAAUCCGCUACUGGGUGCAAGUAUGCGUGCAUGCCUUGCUCAUGCUUACUUCAACAUCCUCGCUGCAAGAAGUCCACGUCAAAUACCUGCCCUGGGAUAUAUGGGCGAGCAUGGAUCCUGCUGAUAACCUUCGUCGCAUCACGGAGAAGGGCGUGUGGUUCGAUGAGAUGGCAGACGGUCAAGACGAUGAGAGGGAGGGCGAGGGCGAGGCGUUUCGCGCUGUGUGGGCGGGUCUCGCGGAGAAGGGACAGGAUAGAUUGGGGUUGUGUGCGGACGUGAAGUUUAUUUCCUGGGAUGGCAAUGUGGACUCGUAUAGGAUUGGAGAUGAAGUCGAAGUCGUGUUUACGAAGAACGCGGAGUGAGAGCGGGAACUGUAUUAGACGGCUCAUGCCAGGCAGUGGACACGAAUUCGUCAGAUCUUGUACACAAUGCUUAAAGGUAGGAUAAGUAGAAGAGCAAGAAAUCAUGAAAACAUACAAC